CCUGAAUCUUCAGAAAGCAUAAACUACCUUUAGAUCUGAUCUCCACCCUCCACCCUUCCCACUCCGACCUGCUGAGCAGCAGAGAUGCCGAUCUUCUGGACAAUAGCGCUUCUCCUGCUGGGAGCAGCCCAAGGAAAAGAAGUUUGUUACAAUGGCCUUGGGUGCUUUGCUGACAAUGAGCCCUGGGCCGGGACUGCCAUCAGACCCCUGAGAAUUCUCCCCUGGAGCCCUGAGAAGAUCAACACCCGUUUCCUGCUCUACACUAAUGAAAACCCAGAUGCCUUCCAGAUUCUCCAGCUCUCGGAUCCAUCAACCAUUGAGGCCUCCAAUUUUCAAGCGGACAGGAAGACCCGGUUCAUUAUCCACGGCUUCAUAGACAAGGGAGAGGAGAGCUGGGUGGGAGACAUGUGCAAGAACAUGUUCAAGGUGGAGGAGGUGAACUGUAUCAGCGUGGACUGGAAGAAGGGCUCCCAGACCACGUACACACAGGCCACCAGCAAUGUGCGUGUGGUGGGCGCCCAGGUGGCCCAGAUGCUGGACAUACUGGCGACAAACUAUAGCUACUCACCUUCCAACGCCCAUCUCAUCGGCCAUAGCCUGGGAGCCCACGUGGCUGGAGAGGCAGGAAGCAGGACUCCAGGCCUGGGCAGAAUCACCGGACUGGAUCCUGUAGAAGCAAGCUUCGAGGGCACCCCUGAAGAGGUGCGGCUGGAUCCCUCAGAUGCUGACUUUGUCGAUGUGAUCCACACAGACGCAGCUCCCUUGAUUCCGUUCUUGGGUUUUGGAACAAACCAAAUGGUGGGUCAUCUUGACUUCUUCCCCAAUGGAGGAGAGAGCAUGCCAGGUUGCAAGAAGAAUGUCCUAUCACAGAUUGUUGACCUGGAUGGCAUCUGGUCAGGAACCCGGGACUUUGCGGCAUGCAACCACCUACGGAGCUACAAGUACUACUCAGAGAGCAUCCUCAACCCUGACGGGUUCACUGCGUACCCCUGCACUUCGUACAGGGCCUUUGAGUCUAACAAGUGCUUCCCCUGUCCAGAUGAAGGGUGCCCGCAGAUGGGCCACUAUGCUGACAAGUUUGCUGGUAAGACAAGUGAGGAGCAGCGGAAAUUCUUUUUGAACACAGGGGAUGCCCGGAAUUUUGCACGCUGGAGAUACGGGGUGUCCGUCACGCUGUCUGGAAGAACAGCCACUGGUCAGGUCAAAGUGGCUUUGUUUGGAAGUAAGGGCAAUACUCACCAGUAUGAUGUCUUCAGGGGGAUUAUAAAGCCUGGCUCUACCCACUCCAGUGAGUUUGAUGCAAAGCUUGAUGUGGGAACAAUUGAAAAAGUCAAGUUUCUUUGGAAUAAUCACGUGGUAAACCCAACCUUCCCCAAAGUGGGUGCAGCCAAGAUCACCGUGCAAAAGGGAGAGGAGCGGACAGUGUACAGCUUCUGUAGCGAAGACACCGUGAGAGAAGACACCCUGCUCACUCUCACACCCUGUGAAACUCCAAGUGAACUGUGAUUCCUUG